GCUUGCAUGACCAGAUGCAGUAUUUUCCCGAAAAAUUGACUUAAUCUGCCCAGCUACGCCCCCUAGCACCGGUUUAAGCGGAACUCUAUUACACAUCUAUUGUAUGGACUCCAUGAUCCCAAAAAUACCACACUGAAAACAGACUUAUUUUCUUAUAAUAUAUGCAAUAUACCAUCUCAAUAUUGUUUUAUUUUUGGUAAAAAGAUAUAUUGUACUAACAAACUAUUUAUUGUUCCAAUAUCAUUGAAAUACUGUUAAGUGCUGAUAAUUGGGUCUCAAGAUGUAAUUGUUACAUGAAAUUGAAAAAGAAUUGAAUCAGUAUACUGUAAACUAAGAUGUACACUAAUUAAAAAUUAGUUUUAAGACACUCCAUUUUGAGACGAAAUCGACCAAUGUUGCCCAUCUAUGAGAACCUAUCAGUAUCAUCUGCAUUUGACUAACCUGAAGUACAUGUCUGCUUUUUUGCAAUGCUAGGACGGUGAUCUUUCCCGCACUGGCAGUAAACAGUUAUAUACAUUGUGCGUUUGUGGUAAAGUUAUGUAUAGCAAAUAUCUGGGACUGCGCCGCGAUCGGAAUGAUUGGAUAUAAAGAGGACAUGUUGCGGAUAAUUAAAAUAUUUAAAAUGGAUUGUUUUCCAUUUAUUUAAGUAAUAUUCUUUGCUUUGUAAGAAUGGAAUGUAACCAAAUAACAUGAUAGCAGACCCAGCUUUACUUGGUCUGUUCAAGAUAGGUAAAGUAUCACGCAAUUUCAUUAUUAAAUAUUGUUAAGGCUCUAACAUUAAUUAGAAAUAAAUAUAUUUCAUUUUAAUUGCUUUCACCUGUGUUCUGAUGCAGUUGAUACAAAUAUUACAACAAUAUCGCAACAAACAAAAAUGACGGAAUACGUACGUACAAGGCGAAGGGGCCUAGUCACAUUUGUUUGUUCCGUUCAAUAUUUUAUUUCAUCGGGAUUAAUAUACGGAUUUAGUGUUAUGUAUGCGGAUCUUAUAAAUGUUUUCAGCACUUCCAGAUUGAACAGCGCUUUGAUUCAAGGAACAUUCAAUCUUAUUGCUAUCGGAGGAGGAGUUUUAUGGACAUUACCAAUAAAGAGAUUCGGAAUAGGCAUGUGCAUGGUUGCGGGCUCUCUUUUGGGAUGUUUGGGUUUCGUCACCAGCUCAUUUGCACGAAAUUUUCAAACUAUUAUCGUUUGCACUGGAGUAAUAACUGGUACUGGUGUAUCAAUAGGAUCUCUAGCCCCGUUUGUAGUCGUGGGCAUGAUAUAUAAUGAAGACCCGGGAUUUCAGUUAGCGUUACUAGCAGUUUCGGGCAGCUUGGGGCAGAUGACAGUACCUAUGGUUUAUGAAGCAUUUCUUACUUACUAUCACUGGUCCGGGGCCUUUGUUCUUCUUGCAAGUAUUGCUCUACAUGGUGUUCCUUGUGGGCUUCUUAUCUAUUAUUCAAGAAACCUACCUGUCAGUAAAGACGAUAAAGAUGCUAGCUAUUCUGGUGAAGUUAGUGGCAAAGAGCUGUUGAGCCCAGUGAUGUGGUUAUAUAUCGUUAUCAUUGUGAUAUUAUUUGGGACAGGUAAGCUUAAAGAUAUAUAUGAUAGGAAAACACCGGUAAUAAACCUUCAAUAA